GGGACGUAAGUACUCGUUUCCACACAGUGAAGCUUCGAGUGAGUGUGGAUAAAAGCUCAUACUCAAAUGAUGAGCUCUCGGCAAGCAACACUCAGGAUGAGAGGCAGAAAUCCAUUUUGGAUGACACUGUGCAGUCCUCAGAGUGUACUGAUUCUUUGAUGCGAAGUUUCUCCGGGCGUUCAGUAGCUCACGUUUCUCCCACAAAACCAAUGUCACCAGUUCACAGCUCAAAAAGAAAUCACAUUGAAGUAUUUGGUGGUAAUAACCAUGAAAGUGGACUUAUGCAGACCCCUAAAACAAAUGGAGACCAAGUAAUGAAAAGAGAGCUCAAGCCCAGUCUUACACCAAACAACAAUGACAAGUCAUGGAUUACCAGAGAAUUUGGUUCACAGCUUGAAGAUUGGCUAGUACCUCAGGCUUCACAAACACUUUCUUCAGGGUCACAGCAGUGUGCGAGGCCUGUACAAAGUUCCAACGUGAGGACACCCUGUCUUUCUGACCGGACAGCGAUAACACCUGGAAGUGCCCACAGCACCACCAAUGCAGAAUCACAAAUCUUCUCAGGAGAAACAGAGUUUACAGUGCGUUGUCCUUGUGGUGUAAACCAGGAUGAUGGCCUUAUGAUUCUUUGUGACUUUUGCGACAAGUGGCAACAUGCACUCUGUUUCAACGUGUUAAAGGAAAGUGAGGCACCAGCUCAUCAUAUAUGUGAAGCUUGUGGCACUUCUUCAACACCCUCAACUGACCCCACUCUCAAAGAUCAUCCUGAGCUUGAAAUGAUUUGCCUUUACCGUCGUACUCUGGUAUUUCUUCGUGACAACAACUGCCGCAUUACUGCACCUAUGCUUGGCCAGCGCUUAGGAGUGAAUAUUACUAUUGCAAGGGAACUUAUGAAGUGGCUCCAGAAGGACAAACUUUUAAAAAAAAAGGGGAAAUUAGGCACUUUUCCAAACUGUUCCAGAGUGAUAAACUUUGCAUUUCCUCAGUAUCUGUAUAGAGUAGAAGAAAAGGAAAUUACAGGAAGUGACACUGCAGUCAGUGACACUGUUCAGACUCCUCAUAGCAUAAAGUUAAGUGCAGAUAUUGAUACUGAUGCAACCCCAGAUCUUCCCAUAUCUUCUCUUCGAGCAUCCAUGGAGGCUUCAACAGCUGAGGAGGACAUGGAACAGUUGAAAUUCACUCCUGGAAUGAAAUCAGAUAUUCCCAAUGAUUCACAGGUUCUUUCAGUAGGCUCACAGAGGGUGGUCAGUAUUGACAAUGGCUUACAGUCAACACUGGAGACUGCUGCUGACACAGUGGCAACUGCUGGUGACACUAUGGCCACAUUUGGCACCCAGCUUACCAGUGGAGAGAACUCCAUCUUUUGGGCCUCACUUCCUACACAAUGUCUUGUGAAGUCUGAGUUUGAUGGAGACUGUCUUGUGAAGUCUGAGUUUGAUGGAGACUGUCUUGUGAAGUCUGAGUUUGAUGGAAACAAUAUGGAGGUAUCUACUGGUGAUAUAAAGGCUCCAAAAGAUCAUCCUGCGAGAGGAAAACGCAGAAUACUCAUUCAAGACGUCCAAAUUUCACAUGGAAAGAAAACUGUGCCUUCACAUUCUAUGGCCUUGCGUCACUUCGAGACUUGUGACUCCCAGAAUUCUGACACACCACAAGAACAGAUGGAAAAGAUGUCUACUACAACAAAUAUUUCAGUGUAACUGUUGGAUUUAGUGUUAUUAUUAUUAUAAAGUUUAAUAGCGCUCAAUCCUAUUCAUCAUAACCCUAGUGCAAUUUUUUCAGUGUGUUUGUACAGAACCUUUAUUCCCUUCAUAUAAAUUCAUUGUCGAUUCUUAACCUUCUCGCGCAUUACGUAUAAAUCAUUGGGUAGCACUAUUUGCAUGGGUGAAGUGGAUCUCAUUAAACUUUAAAAUAUCCUCCCCCCCCCAAUUUCUUUUUAAAGAUAUUUUUGUCAUAUAUGAAUGCAUGAUAUUGCGAGUGAACCUUCCAUAAAUUACCAAAACAUUGGUGGAGUUUCAUUGUCUACCAGUUUCCUCCCAUCAGCUGUGCUGGUAGGUUGCACUUCUUUUAUUUCUUCUCCCACCCUCCCCAUAAUUAGUCGUAUCAAAAUUCCAAAACCAUCGUUGGAAAACCCAUAAAAUACGCUUCUAUUAUAUAAUACCUUGGUAGUUUAAGAAAAUUUCAGUGAUAUGAUGCUGGGAACACUUAUUUUUUAUUUCCAAAAGGAAAAGUUAUUUAUUUAUUUUCUAGCAUGAUUUUUUUCUUUUUUCUAAGAGUGAAAAAGUAGUCCUCCUCCUCCCUCCUUGAGUGAAUUAUGUUAAAGCCAAAACAAUAACAAAGCCAAUGGUAUGUAAAUUAUACAAAAAGACACUUUCUUGUGUGUUAAAUUGUCUUAGUUAUUUUUGUUUAGAUUUAAUAUUAAGACGAGAUUACUUGUUCAUUUUUUUCCUAUCACCUAUUGAUUCAUCAAGGGUAGAAUAAUUAGCAAGUUAUGUAAACAUGCUAAAUAUUGAGACACUACACAGGAUUUAAUUUGCUUGCUGAUAUACCCACAUAAAUUAUUACUGCACAUGGCUUUUUGUAUUUGUAGCCCCAGGGAUGUAUUUCAGUCCCCUCACUAGGUAGGGUUGGUCAGUGACUUGGCUCUGGUAUGUGCUGAACUGGCCACUCAUCACAUUCAUGCCGUAACAUAAGAUAACCAUUUUGGUUUGGCAUUUGUCAUUCCACAAAUAUUGGGAUAUAGCACAAAAGAUGUUAGCUUUUCAGAAAGUAACAAUAAGUCUUACAUGAGAGUUGUUUAAGGACUUAAUUACCAGGUACUCAAUUGAAGCUAUUGUAUCCAAAGUGUAGCUGGUGUCUGUAAUCAUCCAAGCUAAGUUGUUUAAAAUAAAAUUAAAAGUUGCAGUAACUAGAGAACAUUCCAGAAUUAUAGUGCCUCAUAUGCUUCCUUUGUCUCAAGUUUUCAUGAUAUUAGGUGUGUGUGUGUGAGUAAAUUUCUAAAGCACAAUAAAACUGCAACAAAAGACCCCAAAUGUAAAAUUUUAUAAUUUUUUUUUCCAUCAUAAAAUGUGUUGUAGAGUACUUGUGUUUAGCUUAUAAAAUUUGUAGCUCAACAGUUUUCAAGGACAUGUGGAUACUUAAGUUGUUUUGGUUAAUAUUUUAAAUUAGGCCAGUUUUGUUUAUAUUGAGUGUUUUAUGAUUUGGGUUGUUUAACUCAUUAAAUUUUUGUUUGAUUGGCAAGUUUUUUUUUGUCUAAAGCAAAAAUAAAGGAGGAUCACUAACCCUUAAAUGAAGGCCAUCAUCAGUGGAAGUUUUAUAUUCUUUAUGUUCCAUUUUUAGUGUAUA